AUGACUCAGGAGCUACCCAAGCGGCCGGCUUGGGCUGCUGCCUUUCUGCAGCAGGUGUUCUGUUUGGAAGCCGCCUGCAAGGCCUGCAGCAGAGCCAGGUGUGGCCCCUGCAGGGACAUCCUCUGUGCCCUCCAUGCCAGAGUGAAGCAGCCCCGGGCGCCUGGCUUCAGUCAGAGCAACCCUCUCAGUCACCCCAAAGAGGGCAAAGCAGCAAGUGGGGGCCUGAGCAGGACAAGCGGCUCCGUUGCCACUGCCCUUGGGGUGGGAGCACAAGAGCCUUUCGGCCACGUGCAGGGAGAACCCUCAGGGGUCGUGUGCCCUUCUGUAUCCUGUGUAGCUAUGAAGCUGGAAAACACCCACCCCGAGCCACAGCUGGAGUUCACCGUCGCCACCGAGAAGGAAUUUGACGAGAUUCUGGCCAUGUCCAAGGGCAUCUAUGGAGGUCUCGACUACCUCCCGAGCCGCUACCACUCCUGGAUCCGUGAGCCCAACCGCACCGUUGUGCUGGCCAAGAAGAACGGAGCUGUGAUCGGGCUCCAGUCUGUCUACAUUGUAGAUGCUGGUGAGACAGUCCUGGUGGAGGGGCUGCGUGUGGCACCCUGGGAGCGUGGCAAGGGCGUCGCAGGCCUCUUGCAGCGCUUCUGCCAAGAGAUGGUGAAAGAGAAGCACCCUGGUGUCAAGGUAUGCCGCCUGACGAGGGAUGACAAGCUGGGACCCAGGGACUUCAAGAAGUAUCGCGUCAUUGCGAAGCAGGGGAUUCUCCUGGUGCGCUUCAACGCCCAAGACCUCCUUUCUCGCCUGGACAUCCUGGUGCUGGCGCUGGAGGAGGGGGGCUUCUGCCCAGAGCCAUCGGAGCUGCUUGUGGCUGGCGAAGUGGCCGAGGUCGUCCUGCGAGAGUCUUUCCGCACCGAGGUUCUCCCCAACCAGACGAUCAUCCAAGACUGGCAGCCCUUCAAGGCCACUGCAAGCAACCUGAGCCUCCUGCAGAAGAAAGAGCUCUGCUGGGUGGUAGACAAGAAGUCCUGUCCUGUGGUGGCCACCCUAAGCACCCGGCCCUUCUCCAUCCCGUUGGGCGAAGACUGGUUCUACCUCAACAUCGAUGUCUUUGGCCAUGCCCUGGCCCACAUCAAGAGCCAGCUGAUCCACCACCUCCGCCUGCAGGUGCCCGGCCUCCAAGGCAACGUGAUGUGCCAGCUCUUCCUCGAACCAGCGCUGUGGCUAGAAAUGGCAGAAUUCUGCCAGGCGGCACUGGGCCUGCAGCUGGCCAAGGACUACACUGAGCAGUACCUUCUGGAGUCUGACAUCUAG